AUGAACGAGUCGAACAAUUCCCUAAGCUCUAAGGACGUAUCUUCGACAGUUUCGCUCUAUGAGCCGUCCAGUACAGCAGAUUUUGUGGAUAAUCUUUCUACGAAAGCCGUUUAUGAGAUGGAUCCUGAGGAUAGUAUCUCUAGGCCCUUGUCGAGGGGUUCUGUGACAUCUGGAGUGUCUAUGAUGGCUACCAAGGACGGUGUAGAGGGAGAAAGGGUCAAAAGACUGGGCAUUCCGCAGUAUUCGCUUAAUAUUUUGAACUCAAUGGCUCAUAAUCAGUAUAAAAAACAGCACAACCACUCGCAUUCGCAUGUUUCGUUGACGAAGAGCCAUGCAAGUGGGGCAACUGAGGAUUCAUUGGUCUAUGGUAAGUUCCAAACCUUGUACCCUGAUUUACCCAGUGCACCUCCAAUGACGUUGCGUGAGAAGAUGCGAUUAUUGAACCACGAUAGACAAUUGCUGCCUUCAUCGGCCAUCAACUCGACCGAUAAUCUAGAUGAGUUAUCAACAAAAAGCACACCAGUUCGCAAUCAUGGUGGUUAUCCGAACGAAAACGAGAAUACGCUAAGUGUGCAUGGCCGCUGGGGAGGCACUAGCGAUGUUGACAGUAACGCCAGUACUGUAGGUGAUGAUGUGUCGUUCUCUCAAAAUAUGAGGAACCUUUCACCAGCUAUCAGUGUAUCCGAAAGGAUUGCAGGAAAUAAGUGA